AUGGCCGAACAAGCGUAUUCGAACGGCGCAGCGACACCGAAUUCAUCGAAACUGAGCAAUCUGGCUCUGACAGAGUACUCCGCCAUCCCUACACCUACCUCGGAGAAGGACGAAUACAAAGGCCCCGACAGUCCGCCGUCGUGGGAUAUCCCCGCCGCCUUCCUGCUUCCCAACGGCUACCCGGAUUAUCUCAAGCUCAUCCUGACUUCCCGCGUUUACGAGAUAACCACAGAGUCUCCGCUACACCAUGCCAUCAACCUCAGCAACCGUAUGGAGUGCCGAGUGCUCCUCAAGCGGGAGGACAUGCUCCCCGUAUUCAGCUUCAAGCUCCGCGGAGCAUACAACAAGAUGGCUCAUCUAACCGAUGAGCAGCGGUGGAAAGGCGUGAUCGCGUGCUCUGCAGGUAAUCAUGCUCAGGGUGUCGCGUAUUCUGCUCGCAAACUAAAAAUCCCCGCCACCAUCGUCAUGCCUUCCGGCACCCCAGCCAUCAAGCACUUGAACGUCGCUCGACUCGGUGGUAGCGUUGUCCUUCACGGAAACGAUUUCGACGCCGCCAAAGAGGAGGCCCACCGCCGUGAAAAACAACACGGUCUUACCAGCAUUCCUCCUUUCGACGACCCGUACGUUAUCGCUGGGCAAGGAACUAUCGGUAUGGAGAUUCUGCGCCAGUCAAACUUGGACAAGCUGGAAGCUGUUUUCUGCGCUGUUGGCGGAGGAGGCCUUAUCUCCGGCGUCGGCGUCUACAUCAAGCGCAUUGCACCGCACGUCAAGGUCAUUGGCGUGGAGACACACGACGCCAACGCGAUGGCUCAGUCACUAGGAGAAGGCUCCCGUGUGCUAUUGAACGAAGUUGGUCUCUUCGCAGAUGGAGCUGCAGUCAAGAGUGUGGGAUCCGAAUGCUGGCGCGUGGCCCGUGAUGUUAUCGACGAGGUUAUCUUGGUUUCCACUGAUGAGACCUGCGCUGCGAUCAAGGAUGCAUUUGAGGAUACACGAUCGAUAAUCGAACCUGCGGGCGCGCUAGCUAUUGCAGGCUUGAAGAAAUAUGUCGCCAAGUACCCUAGCCCUAACACCAGUCGUGAACUGGUUGCCAUCACCUCUGGAGCGAAUAUGGACUUUGACAGGCUGCGGUUUGUUGCGGAACGUGCCGCUUUGGGCGAGAAAAAGGAAGCUCUCCUGAGCGUCAAAAUCCCUGAACAGCCAGGCGCUUUCGCAAAACUAAUGGAAGUCGUCCUUCCCCACGCCGUCACCGCAUUUAACUACCGAUAUGCCGAUGAGAAGUCUGCUGAUGUCCUUAUGGGCAUCUCUCUGUCUGCUUCGACCGGUCAAGAUGACUUGGCUAAAAUUAUCGCGGAACUGAGCAGAAAUGGCAUGGAAUCGAAAGAUCUUAGUGAUGAUGAACUCGUGAAGCGGCACGUGCGGUUUUUGGUUGGCGGACGUAGCGAAGUGAAGGAUGAGCGCCUGUUCAUGUUUGAGUUCCCUGAACGUCCUGGAGCGCUUGCCAAUUUCCUCCGGACGCUUCGUCCAAGCCAGAACAUCUCUUUGUUCCAUUACCGGAAUUACGGCGGCGAUGUUGGGAAGGUUCUGGCUGCUAUCCAAUGCCCGGAUUCCGAGAAGGAAGAUCUGGAGGCUUUCCUCCGGGAUCUUGGGUAUCCGUUCACCGAGGAGACCCAAUCUGAAACAUACCAGACUUUCCUUCGUCGUUAA